CAAUGUGACGUCAGUAGAUCAUGGCUGAUGUGGGCAGCAAGUCUCUCAGCGGCCUUCUGAGCGGCCUGGCUCAGAUCACCUACUACGGUAACCCCGCCGUUACCGAGCAGAUGCUCAAGGCUGAACUGUACCCCGAGCUAUCAGAGCAAGACUUUCGAGUUCUGGUGGAGAAAAUGAACGGCAUCCUACGGUCUAUAACAUCUGCAGACAUGGACUUCAACCAACUGGAAGCCUUCUUAACAGCACAGACCAAGAAACAGAAAGGAAUUACACCAGAGCAGGCUUUAGCUCUAACCAAAUUCUGGAAAAGUCAUAAAGUUAAAAUUCAUGAAUGCCUUAUUAAUCAGAGCAAAUGGGAAAACUGCUUGAGAAAUUUCAGUUGGAGAGUAGACUUGAAGACUCAGUCCAGACACCUGGAUCAAAUUAACACACCAGUUGCAGUUGUGGAGUUGGAACUUGGAAAGAAUGAUCAGGAAUCAGAAUUUCUCUGCUUGGAGUUAAACGAGAACAAAGUGAAUCAACUGCUGAAAAAAUUAACUGAAAUUGAAGAGAGCAUCACUGCCCUGAGUUGUACCAACUGAUGUUGCUGGAGGUUACAAAACAGAACAGAUGGUAGUGUCAACAGACAAUUGAAACACUAACUGUUCCGAUGAUUUAUGUAAUAUAUGCAUUGCGUGCUUUGAAUGCAGAGUGGUUGUAAAUGGGUACGAAUCUGAGUUUACCUUGCAGGUCUUUGAUCUACAGCCACUUUCAAAACUAACAAUGUCUGUAAUUAACUCCUCACCAUCUGCUAUUUUUUCUACAACUAAACCAUCUUCAGGAAAUGGUUUUCAGUUUGAUACUACCCACAACAUUUUUCAAAAAUCAUGGAGUUGAGAUUUUAUUUAGAAUCUAAAGUUGCACUUGCAUUUUGGAAUUGAGUUUUCUUUUCCUUUUUGUUGUUGGAAAUGAUCUAAAGUAUCCUCAAUUCUUUUUUCUUUGACAACUUGUUGACAAGGAUUGAAUAUUCUCAUUGAGAAUAGUUCCAAGUGUUUGAUGACAAUUAAUGUGGGUAUGUAAAAGACUGGACCUCUGAGCUGAAUGAGUGCAUCUUGGACCAUGAAAAUAACAAUUGGCUUUGCAUCUAGCCCAAGAUGUGGCUUACCCAAGGAUAAUUGUUGUUGAACCAAAUGCCAUAAAUUAUUGCUCUCUCAUGUUUCUGAAGUCAAAAAUUUGCAAAACUGAUGAAGUUAUAGCUUGGAGUUUACUAAGAGCACUUGAUACUACUGGUAGACAAAUACAUAUCAUCAUUUACUGUAGACAUAAUGAAAACUUAUUUUGUCAUGUGAUGUAUAAUUUUCAUGGUUUUCCUUCAAACACUGUUUCAAUACCCUGUAUUCAUAUGAUGUCAAUUAUUCAGCCACUUACGAAUAAAUGCAUUAAAAAAAAGUUAAU